AUGGUGACUUCCAGUUGCGACCAUUCCUCUGAUUCUUCUGAUGAUCAUUCCAACGUUGCCAAGACAAUUUCUGCAGCAGAGGCGCGUGCCAAGCAAAAACGACGCCGACUUCAGCAGACAAGGCUAGCGGCUGAAGAUGAAGUUCGACCUCGUGUUGAUGGCGUGGAUUCUGAUUCAGACGCUGAGGAGAUUGAAUCUGCUUGGAAACCUCUUGAGCGCAAGACUAAACCAUAUGCUCCUGGUAUGAGAGCCGAGCGGUUGGCCAAAGCUGACCUCCGAGCCGAGCAUGAAGAAGAUGAAUAUUUAGACGCAAUGUAUGAUGAUCCUGAAGACCGAUUGGAAGAAGUUUCCAGUAAAGAUUUUGAUGAUGACUCUGAGGAAGAGCUUGGAGAAGAUUCCAUGGAGGAUGAUGAUCGUGAAGACGAUGAUGAAUCCGACGAAUCUGAUGAUUAG